CAUUUUUAUCACCAGACUUCACAUGCCAAAACAACACCUCAGCGCAAGCCCAACGAAGCCCCCGACUAGACCAGGAAGGCCGCGGUCACCCCGUCUGGGACACUAGAUUAUUGAUCCACAGCUGCUGGGGGCAGAGUUCUUGCAUUGCACCACACUUUCCAGGUCUAGGUCCCAUCGGCCCAUACCCAGGCCCAGGCCCAGGCCCAUACACGAUGCCUCAGGACCCAAACCUCUACGGCCAGCGGGCACCCAAGCGCCAGAAGAAGGAAAUCGCCCUCCCGAGCUCCCUGGCCUUCUCCUCCGAGCUGUCCUCCCUCAUCGCGAACAAGCCCUCCUCCUCCUCCAGCACAGCUCGCCCGCGGCCGUCCAAGUCAAAACCAGACAUCUUCGCCGGCGUGAAGGCGAAGCGGAGGGCCGAGAGGCAGGAGCGCGAGCGCGACGACGGGAAGCUCGUGCUGAAGGAUGCGGUCGGCACAGAGGACCAGAAGAAGGAGAACGAGGCCGCCAGGCGGAGGAUGGAGGAGAAGGCACGCCUCUACGCGGCCAUGAAAAGGGGCGACUACGUGCCCAAGGAAGGCGAGGCGCCGCCCCUGGUCGACUUUGACAGGAAAUGGGCCCAGGCGCAGGAGGACGGCAAGGUGGGGGAGGACUCAUCAUCUUCCGACAACGGUGGCGGCGAUGACGACGAUGACGAAGACAACGUCGACAACGAGACCGUCGAGUACACGGACGAGUACGGCCGCACGCGGCGCGGGACGAGGGCAGAGGUCGCGCGCAUGGAGCGGCGGCAGAGGGUGAGGGCGUACGCGGCGCAGGAGGCCGAGACGAUGAGCGCGCGGCCAAAGGCCCCGGAGAGGGUCAUCUACGGCGACGCGAUCCAGAGCGAGGCCUUCCGCGCCGCGGACGAGGACAAGAUGGAGGAGCUCGCCAGGAAGCGCGACCGCAGCAUGACGCCGCCCGAGAUGAAGCACUACGACGCCGACAGCGAGAUCCGCACAAAGGGCACGGGCUUCUACCAGUUCAGCAAGGACGAGGAGACCCGGCAGGCCGAGAUGGCCAGCCUCGAGGCGGAGAGGCUCAACACCGAGAGGGAGAGGACGAGGCGGGACGAGGAGAAGGAGAGGAGGCGGCGGGAGGUCGAGGAGCGGAGGCGGCUCAUCGAGCAGAGGCGGAAGGAGCUCGGCGAGAAGAAGGCCAGGAAGAUGGCAGACAGCUUCCUUGACGGGCUGGCGGCCGACAUGGGACAGGCUGAAGGGGAUAAGGACUGACGCAUCAGACACAACGUUUCGCAAGCUGGACCGGACAGUAUGUUCCUGGCGUAUCCCGAAGCCUGCACCGUUUUGUUUCCCCCUGCCCUGUGAUCGAGGCCACAGACCUGUGAGACUUGCCUACACUGAAACCUGUGCGAGCUCGGGACAAGCGAUGGAGAGACAGCAGGGAAUACGACUAAUCGAAGGCAGCAAACACUUGUUGUUCCACGCUGCCCUAGUCCUGUUUCUCCAAUAAGGAACCAAGUUCAAAUCCAAUAUCAUUAGUGCAAAGUAAGUGUCCUUAAAAGCUAACAGAGGCCUUUUCUUUGGGGGCGUUCCAUUUAGCAGUACAGUCUCACACGAUGCUCACUGAACCGUGAUUCAUAUCAAAUUGAGAGUCCUGUUCGCCAUUGAAAUUAUCUAACAGGAAGUAUCAUGAGGCAGCGUAUCUACUGAGACUUGACGACGAGGACUUAUGAGAAUUUCAUCGCCCUAACUUCAUGCCCACUGGUAUCUCGAAAAAGAAUAGCUGUGACGGCUGUCGAGUAUUCUCGUUCUGGUUUUACAAUACACACUAGGUGGCUGAAAACCAGAGGCAGACGGAGAGACGGAAGCUCUUCUAGAGAACAGAUAAAGUCACGGAUCAAUGACGGCUAAGAACAUCCGCGGGCAUUUUUACACGUGAACACACAAUAGGAAACAAUAUACAGGCGAGA